AUGGGAAAGAUCACAGUCAACGAAGCCAAAGGCAAACAACGCCAUAACCCCUUGAUGAAGGAUAUUUCCUCGCAGAAGGGGAACUUGAGGACUUUACCUAGAUCUUCCCGUGUUACGAAGGAGAAAGAAGAAACAGAAGAAGGCUUCUUAGAUGCAGCCUCCUCGAGAAGAAUCUUACAGUUGGCUAAGGAACAACAAGAAGAGUUGAAAGAAGAAGAAAAUGUUGUACCUCCUACCUUUGGUGAAUCUCUUAGAUCAAAUGACCAAGAUGACCUCGAAGAAAGCGAGGAAGAUGAGGAGGAAUACUCUGAUUUUGAAGAGGAAAUUUUGGAAGAAGAAGUCGAAAUUGAUGAAAAGGAUGCAGAGUUAUUCAAUAAGUACUUUCAAAACAACGGUACAGGAAAUUCCAUCAAUUUGGCUGAUAAGAUUUUGGCAAAGAUUCAAGAAAAGGAGAGCCAGUCUCAGGCCACGGAAAGACCUGUUGAUGCUGUUCUUUUGCCACCAAAGGUUAUUGCUGCAUACGAAAAGAUCGGCCAAAUCUUAUCAACUUACACGCAUGGUAAGUUACCAAAAUUAUUCAAGGUCUUACCUUCGUUAAAAAACUGGGAGGAUGUUCUUUUCGUGACCAACCCUGAAGCAUGGACCCCACAUGCAGUCUAUGAAGGCACAAAGCUUUUUGUAUCCAAUUUGCAAGCAAAUGAAGCACAGAAGUUUGUUGAAAACGUAUUAUUGGAAAGAUUCAGAACUUCCAUCGCAGAUUCAGAGGAUCAUUCUUUGAACUAUCAUAUUUACAGAGCAUUAAAGAAAUCUUUAUAUAAACCAGCAGCAUUUUUCAAAGGAUUCUUACUUCCUCUAGUGGACUCUUUCUGUUCAGUUAGAGAAGCUACCAUUGCUGCAUCGGUUUUGGCAAAAGUCUCUGUGCCAGUCUUACAUUCCUCUGUUGCAUUGACACAAUUACUUCAACGUGAGUUCAAACCAUCAACAACCGUAUUUGUACGUGUUCUUAUUGAGAAGAAGUACGCAUUACCAUAUCAAACCAUCGAUGAGUUAGUAUUCUACUUCAUGAGAUUCAGAAAUGCUGCACAAGAUCGUGACGCCAUGGACACUGAGGCUAAUGAGUCUGGACCACAACUCCCUGUUGUCUGGCACAAAGCUUUCCUUGCAUUUGCUCAACGUUAUAAGAAUGACAUCACUGAUGACCAAAGAGACUUCUUGUUAGAAACGGUUAGACAAAGAUUUCAUCAUGCAAUCGGCCCUGAGAUUCGUAGAGAAUUGUUGGCAGGACAACCAAGAGUUCCCGAGGUACCUACUAAGGAAGCCACAAUGAUCGAUGCAUUCUAA